AGCCUCCCCGGCUUCCCAUUUCCCUCCACUCCCUUCCACGUGCUGGUGCUCUGACCACCUGGCCUGUGGAGUAGGGCAGGGCGGCAAUUGUGGGAAAUAUUCACUUACCAGAAAGAGGAUAAGUUGGCACGUUUAGAGAAGGCUAUCAACCCCUUGCUUGACGAUGAUGACCAAGUUGCGUUUUCUUUUAUUCUGGAUAACAUUGUCACUCAGAAAAUGAUGGCAGUUCCAGAUUCAUGGCCAUUUCAUCACCCAGUUAAUAAGAAGUUUGUUCCAGAUUAUUACAAAGUGAUUGUCAGUCCAAUGGAUUUGGAGACUAUACGUGAGAAUAUCUCCAAGCACAAAUACCAGAGUCGGGAGAGCUUUCUAGAUGAUGUAAAUCUGAUUCUGGGCAACAGUGUUCAGUACAAUGGGCCUGAGAGUCAGUAUACUAAGACUGCUCAGGAGAUUGUGAACGUUUGUUGCCAGACAUUAACUGAGUAUGAUGAGCAUUUGACGCAACUUGAGAAAGACAUUUAUAUAGCUAAAGAAACGGCUCUGGAGGAAGCAGAAUUAGAAAGCCUGGACUCAAUGACUCCAGGAUCUUGUACACCUCAGGUAAGCCAAAGGAUUAGGAAUUUCCUACAAUUUUUUUACGGUUUGGGAAGUUGCGAGCAUGAUAACAGAUAUGUUUACUGAGAUACCGUUC